AUGCUUGGAGUAGUAGAGACUGGCUAUUCUCGAGUAUCAUCAAGCGAUGGAGGGCUUGAUGAGCUCAAGCACGGGGAUGGGCUGCAAAAGCCUAAGCCCUGGAAGAGGAAUGGUCUUGUCUUGACCAUUCUCGUCAGUGCCUUGACAGGUCUGAUCUUUGGCUCCAUCUCCUCAACCUUGACAACUGCGGCCGUCAACCAUAUCCACCUCAGCGUCAACACCACCGAGACUGCGUCUCCUAUUCAUGUGAGCGAUGUCAACUUCAUGAACGACUGCGGUGACUCGCCAGCCAAAGCGCGCGCCCAAGGCUGUGCUUUCGAUACCAUAAUGCAACUGUGGGUGCCGCCUGCCUGCCAGGACACCCACCUGACCGACCGGUUUGUGGCCGAGGGCAACUGGACCUGGUAUGCCGACCAACGCGCUCAUAAUCCCAUUCCAUAUGAGGUGCUAGAGCAAGGCGAACAUCAAGUGGCAUUUGCGGCGGACCAUUACCAUCGUGCCCACUGCUUCUACACCUGGGAGGCACUGGUGCGCGCUCUCCGCAAUCGCAGUCCCAUCAUGGAGGAAAUGAUGUCCUACGAUCAUGUCAUGCACUGUAAGAUGAUGGGGUUACAGCCCACGCCAGUUAACUCAACCAUCGGUGUGGAAAUUCAUCCAGGAUAUACGCGCUGUGCACCUUACGAGACGUGGAUUCGCAAUUUGCCGGAAGAUGAGCAUUCCUCUCGAGACUAG